AUGGAGCUUUCAAGAAACAACGUCGAGGAGACCAGGAAGCACACGGGCCUCGGGCGUUGCAGGCAUUUCUUCUGGCUGGGCGUGGUCUUCGACACGGUGGGCGCGACCCUGCUGUUCACCGGGGUCUUCGCGCACCUGCUCUUCUACGACCUGCUGCUCUACCUGGGUUCCAUCAUCAUCUUCUUCAGCCUGCUGUGGUGGGUCUUCUGGUACACCGGCAACAUCGAACUGACUGCUGAAGAGUCCUUGAAGAGGCCCUUCCACGUGCCCUCUUCCACCAUGGUGGGCGCGCUGAGCCACCGCCUCUCUCUCACCUUCUGCAAUGUGUCCACCACCUUGACGCGGAUCCGGCGGCGCUGCGGUCCCAGGACGUUCCUUCUUAGACCUGCUUCUCUGAGUAUGACCGUCACGGCCCGGCUCGAAAACCAGCUGGAGAAGGAAGACCAGGGCAAAGACGGACCGACAGGUGCCCAGGAGAGCGGCGACGUGCAAAACCUGGGCAGCGAGGACCUGGGCCCCAAACCUGAAGCUGUCCGAAGUUCAGAGGGAGUUCGCUCCCCGGGCCCUGAUGCUGGGUCUCGGGGCCCCGAGGCUGGGCUGCCAGGGCUUGUGAAAGGAUCGUUUUUCACUCCAGACCAGCCUCGGCCCCCAGCCGUCCUCCCCUCCAGGAGCCUGCCUGUAAUCCCCUCUGCCUCUACUCGCCAGCCUCUAGCCGUGCGUGUUUCCAGGAGCCAGCCGGCGGGCACUCUUGCCUCUGCAGGCCAGCCGGCUGCCUCCUUGGCUUCUGCCAGUCAGCCUGCGCUCAGUGUUGCCUCUGAGAGUCAGCCUGCUGUCCCCUUGUCCUCGUUGACUCAACCUACAGUCAUCCCUGCCUCUCAGAGCCAGACUGCAGUGUCUGUGGCCUCUCAGAGCCAGCCCUUUGUGCCUGUGGCCUCUCAGGACCACUCCUUGGUUUCCGCGGCCUCUCAGGUCCAUCCCCUGGUGCCAUUGCCUGCACAGAGCAACCUCCAGGUCCUUUUGGCCUCUCAAAGCCACCCCCUGGUGUCUGUGGCCGCACAGAGCCAACUCCAAGUCCCACUAGCCUCACAGAGCCAGCUGGAGAAUCUUCCUCCUACCUCUCAAACUCCAUCUUCAGGUGCUCAGGCUUCCCAAUUGGAGGCCCUGGCCACCCCUGUGUCUCUGAUCCAGCUCCGAUCGUCCCAGUCUUUUCAGACCCAACCUGUGGACCUGCGGGUCUCCCUUGCUGUCCAUGACUUUCAGGCCUUCUAUCACAGCCGACAGACCCUCCAGAGCAUCUCUUCGGUCCAAGAGAUUGCUCCCAGCCCGUCCGCGCCUGUCCAGGAGUUUCAGAGGAAGCCACUUGCACAGGCUUUUGAGACUCCGCCACCAGGGGGCCAGGAGCUAAGUCAGGAAUUCCCUGCCACCGCGUCCCCACCCCAUGAGUCCCAGGCUCCAGCUUCUCAGGCCCAGCGAUCAGUGUCUCCUGAGAGCACACCCACCGCUGCCUCAGAGAAGACAAGUCGCCCUCCCUAGUACAGAACUGGACCCGUGCCAUCGGAGUGGCCGCUCAGGCCUCUGCCAAAAUCACCAAAGUUUCUACAGAUUUAAGUGCCAACUUUAUAAAAGCACAAAUACUUACCUUAACCUCGUUUUGGAAACUUCCGUGUGAGUCCUGACCUAUCUCAGACCAGCAGGCCUGCUACACGGCCUCUGCCAAGUAUGCGUGUGUCAGUGUUGGGGGAGACUUUUCCAGCUUCAGAUCAUAAAGUUAUUUAUUGCCAGAAUUUUAAGCCAUAAUAAACUAUGCUAUUCCAAAUGAACUUUGUUUUAAAAUAAGUUGGUUUUUAAAAUAGACAUCUUGCGAAGGCAUUCCAGCAUUCCAAGUGGAAAAUAAUGCCUCGCAUACUCUGCGUGAAGAUGAAAGUAAGUACACUUCCCACAGAAGUGGACAUUGGAAAAUGUAAGUCUGUGUUUUUAAGGGUACUUUGUGACCUCACUAACAAAUAGAAAAGUUAGCACAAUUAGUGCAUUGUAACAUGCCACAAUUUAUAUGUUCAUUUUGAUUUAAGGAACAUGAAUUUCCCAUUUUCC